GCGGCUGUGUCGCGUUUUACGUUAACGGAACUCGAAACCGGCCCGAAUGCCGGAGAACCAGUCGGCGGGAUGGCGGGUCAGGGCGUGAGAGCUGCGCCAUGUUGAAGCAUGCGCAGCGGCCGCCGGCGGCGAAUGAUGCCGACCACCGCUACCAGAACAUGCCGCGGCGGCCGCACCACCACCUGCCCCUCAACGUCUCUACCUUAGACUCUUCUAAGCAUUCUAUUGGAGGGACGUCCGCUAGCGUCAGCCCUGGAGCGCAGCCGCCUAAUCCAACAGUCGCUCCUGUGCCCGUUGUCGCUCCCAUCCCAGUGGCAUCACCUCCAAAGAUAGCCAAUGGAACUGCUGCUGGUCUACCGGUCACCAGACCGGCCACCAAUAGACCGAGGAGCAACCGAGCUGCAACGGAAGAAGCUUUAACUUCUCUAGCUUUACUGUGUCUCGUCAGUUUACUCUUGGCGUUGCUGGCCCUUUUGUUUUUGCUGAAAAUAUCAGCGCCGGCCACGAGUGCCCCCGAGGAGUUUGCAGUGGUGUACGAAGUGACGUUAGCAUUAUGUGCGUUGACAUUAUCACUGAACCUUUGCUGUCUUCUGGUGUGUGCAAUACAGUUUCUGUUCGCCGUGAAGUUGGUACACUCGCCUUCGGCACCGAACGGCCGGUCCAACAAAUACCUUCAGAAAUCAGCAAUAACAAGGGUGUGCGCUGUUGGAGGAUUCUUUAUAUCAAUACCUGUAUUUUUAACAGGUAUAAUACUAUACACAUUUAUCCAAUUCCAUUCGACGCCUGCGAUAGUGACUUCCGUCUUCAUUGGCGUUGGCAUCAUAUUCUGCGGGUGCGCUAUGGUGCAUAAUGUGUUCGUAUGGCAGAAGGAGAAGACAAACUUAGUCAAAGCAUUUAGAGCUCCUGACCUGAACGCGACAAAUGCAACCUCACCAAAUCUGAACACCUCAAAUGGUGUACUGUUGGGUAAUGGCCAUUUGAACAAUACAGGCUUAGGAGGAAACCUGAGCUUCCACAGUAUGGCUGGGGCGCCGUAUACUCAUCCAAUUACACUGCUGCAGCAAGGAGGACCUUAUAUCAUUAGGCCACCGACGAGUACGCCGCCGGGCGAGGGUGCUGCGACGCCGGGCAGCCCGCCUGCUGUCGACCUCAGUCAUGACACACACGAGCUCAGCACGCUCGUCUGACUGUUCGACGGUUGCGUAUGGACUUUAUUACCGAGACAUUAAAUCGAAUUUAGAACGAUAAAUUUGACGAAAUUAGGAUCUGAAUGACAUGUUUUAGCUCGCUCACCGUUCGCUGUUAUGACACGCGUUAACUCAGUACGCUAGUGUGUUCGCUCGGUCGAUACGUAUCUGCAUUAUGGAUGUUAUUUUUAAGCCAUUAGAGGUGAAUUUAGCAUACCAAACUUGUCAAUAUUAGGAUCUGAAAGGAAUUGUUUCCAAUUACGUGUGUUUAAAUAAAUUUAAUGUUUUUUUUUUUUUUAAAUAUCGAACGAGUAUGUUCGAUACCACUAUUUAAUAGUAUAUGUGACAUUACAGAAAUUGUACAAUACUCAACUUUAAGUCAAUUUCAUUUUAUAUCCUAAGCUGUUAUUAGUUGCAUUUGAAAUAAUUUUGGAGAAAUUCACAAUUGCUAUUUCUAUAAUUGUGUAACUCAUUCACACAGGAAAUUGCUCUGAAAUCUCAAGUGAUGUUUGAAAUUAUAAUAAGCAGAUUAUCUACGAAAAUGUAUCUGGAAAAUUAUUCUGAUUGAAAAUACCUACUUUAAUUUGUUUUUUUUUAAUCUAGCAAUUUUUUAAAAUCAUUGACAAUUCAAUAUUAUUUCUCAUAACAUUUUUAAAUGCCACCUUAUUUCGUUUUAAUUUCAUGGAAAAACUUGAAUAAUUUGUGCAUUUUUUGUUGUUGAAAGUUUUCAAGAAUUACAAGUAUAUACGUAUUGUGGUAAUUGUAAAUAGUAUUACUAGACUAUGUUUGUGUUGCCAGAAUUUGCCAUGCGUAGAUUAAUAAUAUAGAAAUACAAUAUAUUUCAAUUGUCUUAUUACACAGAUAAUAUUAAAAUAACACGCAGGACUCAUUGGCAUUUAUUUCAAUCUUGUACAUUUUUAUGAAUUUCUUUUAAUGAUUUUUUGUAACUACUAUUAAAAUAAUGUCGGGUUGAUUACAAUUUUUAUUUCUCUAUUGCAGCAGCCACCAUGUUUGUCGUGUCUAUUAUUUUAACUUUAGUUAAAAAAGUUUGUAUUAUUUCUGUCUUUUUUUUUUUUUGUUAAUGUUUAGCACUAUAAAUUUAGUAGAUUUAACUCUUUGGAAUCGAUUUUUAAUAGCAAUAAUUAUAUUCAGUUUAUAAUUGAGCUGAGUAUAUUGACGUUAUGAUAGGUUUAUUUUUUUUAAUCUAUUAAAAAAACUAGAACAAACUCAAUAGUCACAUUAAAAAAUAGUUUUUUUUUUUUUUUGUGAAAUGUCUCAUAGUGUUAUUUCAACCUAAAUUGAGAAUAUUUAUAUAAUGUAUAUAAUACAUAUUUUGACAUAUAAAAUAUGUAUAUAUCAAAAUACGGAAUGUAUAUUAGUGUUAUAUAAUUAAAAGAAAAACAAUUUUAUUUAAAAUUUAUUACUCGAAUUAAUAAUAUUGAGCAUUUUCAAGAAACAUUAAUAUAUAUACAUUUCUAUCUCUGUCGUUCAUUAUAUAUAGUAAUGAGAGGGACAAAGACGACACUACGCAUGCAAACUGCCUGUUGAAGAACGAUAUGUAACUUUAGUAAUAAAAAUGUGAACCCACCAAUCAGUGAUAGAAUAUUAACAAUGCGACUUCAGACCAAUAAAAAAGUAUAAACUAGAUAUCAUAUUAUAAAAAUAGUUAAAUCGUACAAUUUUCGAUAUCAUAUAUAAUCAAAAUAAAUACACUAUCUUAUGUAUUCGUCAUCAUGCACACAUCAGCACUUGUCAUUGUUCUAUUUUUAAUCUAUGCUUGUCUAAUUUUUUUUGUAAAGGUAUUGCCAGCAUAAAAUUUUAAAUAUCAAGGAUAUUCUGAAGCAACUUUGAAACUUUAAUAAAAUACUUACUGAAAAAUGCUAAUAUUUUUCAGAAUCUGUAAUUCCAUAGUAUUAUUUAUACUUUUUUCUUGGUCCGAGUAUGCAACGAAAAAAUCAUUAAUGUAUCAAAAUGUAAAUUUUGUACAUAGUAUACACAGGAAACUGGAGGCAUAAUUUUAUUUAUUGUUUACAUAAUAGCCACAUUUCUAUUUUUAUUUGUUCAAUUUAUGUGAGUCUAAAAAUAAAAUAAAAAUUAUUUAAAACA